UUAAACCCAACGUUCAGACCACCUGCACCAUUGAGCGACGCACUUAAAACGAGAAUAUAUACACUCAAUCAGUCAGACCCUCAGAAAUACACACCUACAAAGCUCAGUUUGGAUCACAAAAUUAGCGUUGAUAGAAUAAAAGCAAUUAUCAGAUUGAAGGAAUUAGAGAGCAACUGG